GAGGGGUCUGGCGGCCGGCCGCGUCGCCAUGUCGCACGGCCACAGCCACGGCGGGGGCGGCUGCCGCUGCGCUGCCGAACGGGAGGAGCCACCCGAGCAGCGCGGUCUGGCCUACGGCCUGUACCUGCGCAUCGACCUGGAGCGGCUGCAGUGCCUCAACGAGAGCCGCGAGGGCAGUGGUCGCGGCGUCUUCAAGCCGUGGGAGGAGCGGACCGACCGCUCCAAGUUUGUUGAAAGUGAUGCAGAUGAAGAGCUUCUGUUUAAUAUUCCAUUUACGGGCAAUGUCAAGCUCAAAGGCAUCAUCAUAAUGGGAGAAGACGAUGAAUCGCAUCCCUCUGAGAUGAGACUGUAUAAGAACAUUCCGCAGAUGUCCUUUGAUGAUACGGACAGGGAGCCAGACCAGACCUUUAGUCUGAACCGGGAUCUGACAGGAGAGUUAGAGUAUGCUACAAAAAUUUCUCGUUUUUCAAAUGUCCAUCAUCUCUCUAUUCAUAUUUCAAAAAACUUUGGAGCAGAUACCACGAAGGUCUUUUAUAUUGGCCUGAGAGGAGAAUGGACUGAGCUUCGCCGACACGAAGUCACCAUUUGCAAUUAUGAAGCAUCGGCCAACCCAGCAGACCACAAAGUCCAUCAGGUUACCCCACAGACGCACUUCAUUUCCUAAGGGCUGGCGGAGGCUCCCACAGAGGCUCUCUGUCAAUGAAGAUAUAUAACUACCUAUUGGAAGGAAAACAUGAUGGGGCUCCCAAGAGAGUUGGCUGCCACAGCCUCUGCCAACGCUUUGUCUUUGGGGCUUGCUGUAGAAACUUGGCCUACAGAAGAUACCACACCACUGGGAGGGUUGUGUGGGUGCUGAGGGACAAUCAUGAUUCUCUAGGGCACUGCAGAAAUUUGGUCUUGGGCUGGUCCGACAUUUGGCAGUCAUGGAUAAUAAUGGCUGCUUUGCCAGUCUGAAUGUGCCAUGGAAUCCCAAGUGUCUUGUUGAUUUGUGGCAGGAUUUGUGUGUGACCUGUUUUUUAAAAAAUGGAAACGAUUCCUGGGCUUCAGGGAACUUCUGAAGCCUCUGGAUCGUGUCUGUAUUAGCCAUCAGGAGAGUCUCCAGUGAGAAAUACUUGUCCCUGCUUGCUCCUUCUCCCUGUCAUUGUUCAGCAUUCUUGUCAAGUUGCCCAGCUUGGAGUUGUCUGUCACGCACGAGUGUCCCAGAAGUAAUAGCUGGAAGGGUAGGAGUCUCCUGGUGAUACUUAAUAGCUUGAGGAGAAGGCCUUUUUUCCACUGCCUAGGCAAGCAAUCUGAGGAGAAAUGGGAAUCGUUUCCAUGUUUGUGGAAAGAUUUGGGGGUGAGAUUGGGACUUAGGUAAGAUUCCCUUUUAGAAGAUCCUUAGUGUUUAUUCGCUUCUCACUAGUGUUUUUAAUGCCAGAAUUUGGAGAUCUCUGAGUUCUUCUGUUCAUGGCUUUUUAUUCUUUGUGACUAAUAAGCUUCCUAAUAAAUCCUUGCCAGACUUAA